GAGUCUGAUUGAAUGUGAGAGCAGGCGGAAGAAAGGCAGCAGCAGCAGCAGCAGUAGUGAGAGGGUGUGUGCUCUUAUGAGCUGAACUCCACUGCUGCAGUCUGGGCAUCAAUUUUGUAUAGACGUUGAGUGCAGUGCAUUCGCAAACGUUAGGGCUGAGACUUCCCUCAUACUGUUGACUAUGGAGAGCAGCUCGCGACGGCCACAGAGUGAUGGGGGCGGAUAUGUGCUGUCUCUAUAGGCAUGUCAGAUUCUAGUGCAGCGCUGCUCAGCUGCAAGGGUUCAGCUGAUUCCUACACGAGUAGACCAUCGGAUUCCGACCUGUCCCUGGAGGAGGACAAGGAGGCGUCUCGGCGUGAGGCCGAGCGCCAGGCCUUGCAGCAGCUCGAGAGAGCCAAGAUCAAGCCUGUGGCAUUUGCAGUGAGAACCAAUGUCAGCUACUGCGGGGCUCUAGAUGAAGACUGUCCGGUUCAGGGUGCUGCCAUCAACUUUGAAACCAAAGAUUUUCUACAUAUAAAAGAGAAAUACAAUAAUGAUUGGUGGAUUGGGAGGCUAGUAAAAGAGGGGGCAGAUAUUGCCUUCAUCCCAAGCCCUGUUAAACUGGAGGCCAUGCGCAUCAGGCAGGAACAGAAAGCAGCUCAGAGGAAAGUGGGAGGGAAUGCAUCGUCUGGGGGUUGGAGGUCAACUCCUCCUGCAGCCAAACAGAAGCAAAAACAGACAGAACAUGUUCCACCCUAUGAUGUCGUUCCAUCAAUGAGGCCGGUUGUUUUGGUUGGCCCCUCACUGAAAGGCUAUGAGGUGACAGAUAUGAUGCAGAAAGCUCUGUUUGACUUCCUGAAACACAGGUUUGAUGGAAGAAUCUCUAUCACACGGGUGACUGCAGAUCUGUCUCUGGCCAAGAGGUCUGUACUGAAUAAGAAAGCUAUUAUGGAGAGGUCUAACACACGUUCCAGUCUGGCGGAGGUACAAAGUGAGAUUGAGAGAAUAUUUGAGCUGGCUAAAAGCCUGCAGCUGGUGGUCUUAGAUGCAGAUACAAUAAACCACCCCGCACAGCUUCUCAAGACCUCCCUCGCCCCCAUCAUUGUCUAUGUGAAAGUGUCCUCUCCAAAGGUCCUUCAAAGACUCAUUAAAUCCAGAGGGAAAUCUCAAAGCAAACAUCUCAAUGUGCAAAUGAUGGCAGGAGAUAAACUAGCGCAGUGCCCACCAGAAAUGUUUGACGUCAUACUGGAUGAGAAUCAGUUAGAGGACGCCUGUGAACACCUGGCCGAAUAUUUGGACAUAUACUGGCGUGCCACUCACCUACCAGGCUCUGCCCUGACAAACCCUCUAGUGGAGCAAAAUGUAGUUACACCACCCUCGGCCAACUCAAGCCAACAGUUCUCAGAAACGCAGGAGCUAAUUGAAUGAGCACUAUCUCAAAUAAAGGUGCACACACCGACAACAAGAUGUUUAGAUAUCAAACAGGUUUGAAAUCCAUCGUAGCAUGUGCAACUUGUUGAGGCUUGUCUUGUCUUGACACACAACAAGACCGUUAAUCGUGAGAUCUGAGACUUCUCGUCACGGACCAGUUGCAGACUCAAAACACCAAAGGAGACGAGCUGGAGUCGUACAAGUGUGGAACAACAUAAGAGUGAGUAAAUUAUGACAGAAUUUUUAUUUUUGGCUGACCCAUCCCUUAAAAAACCGGUGACCAAAAAACUUGCCACCAUAAGGUACCUAACCAUUAUAAAGUAUUUCUGGACUUCUUUUGUUAUAGAGUGGUCUGAGUGACACAGAACAUUCCAGAAAGCCCCCCAGAACAGGCCAGCAACUCACUGCCCCAGAAUGAGAUGGGGCUCAGAGCAGCUGCCCCCCCCUUGAAAAGAAAAGAGGAGGAAUGGAGGGAUGGAGAAUAAGAUGAGGGCCAGCGAAGAAGUGGACCAAUCCCAGCCUCACUGUAAGGGAGCCCUGACAGUGAAACACCCCCAUCCCUUGCGCUAACACUCAUGUCCCCUCUGCAUCUCAGGGCCCCUCUUUUUGCAGGCCUUCAGCCAACACACACAUACACGCAAAGUAAUACACAUCUUUAAAUGGUCUGAAUGUCCCUGCUGAGAGCCACACUGAGAUCAACAGGACUUUUCCCCAACCCAUUGGUGGUGUCGUCUAUCCACCAGGUUGUGGCUGGCACUAGCAUCAGAGGGGAGAGAGGCAUCCCAUGCAACUAACAUUCUCUCACACAACUGCCAGUCAGCCCACUCAAAUCCACCUUGUGCAUUGCUUUUGGUUUGUUUACAAAUCCUGCUGUGACAAAAGCUUUUGCAAAGUACACUAUAGUCAAUUAAGCAAUAUCACACAUCAGCACGACUGUAGGUGUGAUAUUACUUUUAUACAAAAGUUCUAAAAAUAAGAAGUUGAUGGACAGCUUUUCACAGCUUUUUAAGCACCGUUAAUCACAUUUUAGACACAAUAUUAACAUUUAUUGUGUCUAUCUUACUGCUCCGCUAACUAAAAUAGUUUCAAAUGAAGCCAAAGCUGGGAUCAAUCGUUGUGUUGGCAUGGUGUGACUACGAAAACAGACAACAAGUGGAGAGUGACAUGAACAGUGAAAUGUACCAGUGCUGUAUCAAAUCAGCACUCUAGGAACACAGCUUGUCCAAUCAGAUUAGAGAACCAUCACUAACUGUUGUAUAAAUAUGAUUUCAUCAUGAUUAAUAAUUCCAAUAAAUUGUUAUUGGGAUUAUAUACUUAAGUAUAUAAGUAUCCCAAUUUAUGUAGCACACCCCUCAAAUGACUAUAGUUACCUUUCAGUAAAUCAGAGUUGGAAAGCUGACAGUUUCUUUAUUUCCUGUUCCAGCUUUUAAUGUCUCCUUAUUUUAUCCAUAUAUUUUUGUCAGCCAAAGCAAAUCACUAAUUACUGAUCAGUAUUUCCAUCCACCUUGCACUAAUAUCAGCAUUUUAGAUCAAUAAAAUAACUUUAAAAAAGGAGUAGAAAAGGAGACCACAUGAAUGUUUGUACAUCUUUUACAUGGAUCUCAGUAUUGCAUAAAAAGCCUCACUACAUAACCUUAUUUACACUCUCUACUCAUUGUUUUGAAUUACAGUGACCUCUAGUGGUUAUGUUUAAAACUACUAGUGACAUAUUUAAAGGAAUAUUCCGGGUUCAGUACAAGUCUCAAUUGACUGCAUUUGUGGCAUAAUGUUGAUUACUCACCACAAAAAUGUAUUUGGACUUUUCCCUCUUUUCUUAAAAAAAAAAAAAAAAAAAAAAAAAAUUAGGGUUCCAGUGAGGCACUUACAAUGGAAGUAGAUGUAAACAAUAUGCAUAUUAACAUGAUUUUAGUGUGAUAAAAUCACUUACUAACCUCUUCUGUGUAAAGUUAUUGCCAAUUUUAUAACUUUGUUAUUAGGCAAACCCUAAAGCCGACCGUAAAAACGUCAAUUUAAACAACUUUACAGCUCAAAUAAUACACAAGUUAAAAAAAAAAAAGUAAUAUAAGUGUUUUUAUAAAAUAAUAAGCUUCAGAUUUCUGCUUUUAAACCCUCCAAAAAUUGGCCCUAUUCACUUCCAUUGUAGGUACCUAACAGAAACCUUGAUUUUUGCUUCUUCUUUUUUUUUUUUAAAGAGGAGGGACGAGUCAAAAUAUUUUUUGUGGUAUUCAAUGUCAUGCCACAAAUUCUGUUGAUUGAUCUUAACUUGUAUUGAAUCCAGAAUAUUCCUUUAAUAUCACUUUUGCAAACACCUUCAUGUUGGGCAAAUUCCAAAUGAAAGUGAUCAUCCCUAUGCCCUACUCACUCCAAAGGACAGAGCUCUUGAUGUGGAAGGGAGCAUGGUAAUACUGUAUGAAUGUACCCUUAGCUAACAGUCUUGCGGGAGGGCCCUUUGUGAAAAAAAAAAUCCUUUUCUUACUUCAGAUUGAAACAACCCUUUGAGUGGCAUCCCUUUCCUGCAGUUCCCAUUAAGGCCGCAAAAAUGCAGUUUGGAAAAUGCUUGUUUAAGUAUGUUAAGUAUCACUAUAUACAAUUAUUCAUUCAUCACACAAAGAAAUAUCUGUAAUGGUUGGAUCAUAUUUGUGCAUUCAAUAUCCAGCACAUAUAAAAAUUCCUUUUUAUCUUCACCACCAAUACUUAUUUGCAUGAUAAGUGAUGGUUUUGCUGACAUACGAAUCUGCUUGCCACUGUAAUUUUUGAGUUUUUGCUUGCCAUGCUUCCAUGCGAUUACAAUGCCAUUUCUAUGUCUUAUUUGCAAGACAAUCUAAAUGAUCACUGAUUUUACUCUUGGCAUAUAUGCACAUGCAGUCUCAUUGUACAUUAAAGCUAAUCAUGAAUAUGCAUGACAAACUUGACAGAACUGGUAGGAAUACACUGCACUGUAAACUGAAUAGGGAAAUGUAAUGGACAGACAGACAUAGAAACUUAUAAACUGCUUGAGUGUAUUCAGAUUACAUAUUAACAUCCAUUGCCCUUGUCUAUGUCCAUAUAAUAGCACAAACAAAUGACUAAAGUUCCUUUCUGUUGUUUAAAAUUUACAUAUGUUACAUUAUUUACUUAUAUUGAACAAAAAUGUUAUUUGGGACCAUGUUGAAUCUUUUGGCGCUUUGGUUUAACUGAUGUCACAUUUUUGAAUCACAUGCAAGAGACAGAAAGCACAAUAACUCUAUCAUAGUUAUGGACUACAACAAGCUCUUCCUAAUCAAAAAUAUGCUUGAUGUUCUUCCAGGUGAUCUGUACAUAGUCAAGAACUAUGUCUUAAGUAUAUUUUCAAUGCUAAUUUUUAAUUUAAUUAGAUGUUUAUGUUGUUCUGUAUAUAUCACAGUUAACUGUACUGUAUGCAACACUAGAGGAAUGCAGAAGACAAUAGUUUGGACUCAAAAGGCCUAUCACAGAAUAAAGGGAAAUCAAUUUGAUUGCACUAUUUUGGUUUGUAUUGUUUUGAAGUUUUCUUUUGAUUUACAAUGCAAUAAAUGCACAAUGUAAUUGUGUAAAUCCUCUUCCAAUGGUUACUUUAACAUAUUGUACUAAUGUGACAGCACUGAUCCAGCACUAAGUUCUGGUAAAAGAAAAAGACAGAAAAAUAAAUGAACUACCCGAUGCUGAACAAAAGUAUUUUGUGCUCUGGG